UGCCAUUUAAAACUUUCCUAAGUCUGAUCUCAGCCGUUGAGUCAUGGCUACUGCUGUCUCAACCGUAGGAGCUUUUAACAGACUGCCGUUUAUAAACAAUUAAGAAGAAGAUCAUAAGGAUAUGGAUUCAGUUACUUUAUUACAAUCUUGCGAUGUUGUAGUAAAAAAGAGGGUGUCUUUGUUGCAGUUGAACUUGAAUGGUUCUGGUGCUGGAGCGUCAGUUCCAAGCUCAGCAUUCUUGGGAAACUGUCUGAAGAAGGUUACCUCAAAGAUCAGCCACGAGAAGGUUUUUCCCAAGAAUUUCAAGGUUGUUGCUGAAUAUGAUGAGUCAAAGCAGACCUCAAAAGACAGGUGGAAGGGACUUGCCUACGAUGAAUCUGAUGACCAACAGGAUAUUACCAGAGGAAAGGGAGUGGUGGACACACUCUUCCAGGCUCCUAUGGGGACUGGAACUCACCAUGCUAUCAUGAGUUCUUAUGACUACAUCAGUCAAGGUCUUCGCAUGUACAACAUGGACAAUAGUGUGGAUGGGUUCUAUAUUGCUCCUGCAUUUAUGGACAAGGUUGUUGUUCACAUCACCAAAAACUUCUUGAACCUGCCAAACAUUAAGGUUCCUCUCAUCUUGGGUAUUUGGGGAGGUAAAGGUCAAGGGAAAUCAUUCCAAUGUGAGCUUGUUUUUGCCAAGAUGGGAAUCAAUCCCAUUAUGAUGAGUGCUGGUGAAUUGGAAAGCGGAAAUGCUGGAGAGCCUGCAAAAUUGAUUAGACAAAGGUACCGUGAGGCAGCAGACAUCAUCAGGAAGGGAAAGAUGUGCUGCCUCUUUAUCAACGAUCUUGAUGCAGGUGCUGGAAGGAUGGGUGGAACCACCCAAUACACUGUUAACAAUCAAAUGGUGAAUGCUACGCUUAUGAACAUUGCCGAUAACCCAACAAACGUUCAGCUCCCUGGUAUGUACAACAAGGAAGAGAACCCUCGUGUUCCUAUCAUAGUUACCGGUAAUGACUUCUCCACAUUGUAUGCUCCUCUCAUCCGUGAUGGCCGUAUGGAGAAAUUCUACUGGGCCCCUACUCGGGAAGAUAGGAUUGGUGUGUGCUCUGGUAUUUUCAGAACAGACCAUGUUCCUAGGGAAGACAUUAUCAAGCUUGUUGACACUUUCCCUGGACAAUCAAUUGAUUUCUUUGGUGCGCUCAGGGCAAGAGUAUAUGAUGAUGAAGUGAGGAAAUGGAUUUCAGAAGUUGGAGUAGAAAAUAUUGGGAAAAGGCUUGUGAAUUCAAAGGAAGGACCUCCAACUUUUGAGCAGCCCAAAAUGACUUUUGGGAAGCUACUUGAGUAUGGAAACAUGCUUGUCCAAGAACAGGAGAAUGUGAAGAGAGUACAGUUGGCUGAUAAGUACUUGAAAGAGGCAGCUCUUGGAGAUGCUAAUGAUGAUGCUCUCAAGAACGGAAGUUUCUAUGGCAAAGCAGCUCAGCAGGUUAAUCUUCCUGUUCCUGAAGGCUGCACUGACCCAUCAGCGGCAAACUUCGAUCCAACUGCUAGAAGCGAUGAUGGGAGCUGUGUUUACAACUAAAAAUGUCAUGGAGAGAAAAUAAUCUCCAUUAAUGAUUGGCCACUCUGUUUGAUAGAAUAGUAUUUGUAAUUGUAUUUUAGCAUAUAAUCUUCUCUGUUUCUAUUAUUUAAUCCCUAUAGUUGUGUAUAAUUGCAAUAAUACUCUUCUAGGAAUUGAGAAUAAUGAAGUUUAUAUGAGAGAUGACCAAUAAGAAAACAGGAUUGCAUUGCACAUAUUCUAAUUUCGACAGGUCAAACCCAGAAAAUAAGGUCUCAGAAUACCAUCAAAUACUGCAACAAGCUUGCCAAAAGCCAUUGGAUUUGUCAUUCUCAUUUGUGUACAGCAAAUGGUUUAAGCUAACUUUCCUACUUGGGCUGCAAAAUAGUAAGGAACUACCGCCAUGUUUUUGGACCUAGCCAACGUGAUGUU